GCUCUCUCAGUGUGUUUGCGCGUCAUGCAUAAAUUACAUACACUUAAAGACAAAAUAGAUGUAUAAAACGAGAAUGUUACUUAAUGUAAAAUCAGUCGCGUACAAUUUAUCCGACAACGACGAAUAGAAUACUAUAAGUUAAAGAAUCAAUUAAAUAAUAAAUUUUUUCUAAGAAAAAAAUUACAAACGGAGCAAAAUGUCGAAAUUCAUUCUCUUGACUAUUGUUUUUUGCUUGACGGUGACAAUUAUCUCGAGUCGCAGUACAAAUAGACAAGAUUCAACUGUCGGUAUGAGAUGCGGACGUCAUGGAGAUCCCUGUGUAUCUUCUGAACAGUGUUGUAGCAAUGUGAAAAUGACAUGUCAUCGUUAUGCCAAUAGAUGCCAAGUUGUUAUAACAGAGGAAGAAUUGAGAGCCGGGAGGGCAAAUUUAAAAAAAACUGGACAUAAACUUUUCAAAUAAAUUAAAAAAUUUAAAUAAUUAUAAACCGAAAGAAGAUAAAAUAAAAAAAAUAGAAUAUAAGUGAAAAUACACAUUAAAUUUAAGAAAAAAAAAAGAAUUAAAAAUAGAUUCUAAACUAAAUAUAUUUUUACCAUUUUUAUAUUCCAUAUUAUAUUCAAUAACAAAAUCAGAAAAGUAAACAGAAAAUCUCAUGAAUUUUAUCUAGCAAAGAAAAUUAAAUAAAUAAAUUUUUAAAAUAAAUAAAUAAAUAAAUAAAUAAAAAAUAAAAAUGAGCAAAAAUAUUUUUAAAAAAAUUGUCAAAAUUUUCAAAAAAAGCAAAAUAAUCAAAAAUAGCAAAAGUAGCAAAAAAAUUUUAAGAUCAUUUUUAAGUCAUUUUUCGAUUAAUUUUUUUGAGCAAAUAAUAUAGUAAGACUUUCCAUGUACUAAUGUUACUUCAAGUGCCAUAAUUGAGAUUUUCAUUUUAAUUUUCAAAAAUUUUUUACCAUCGAGAAUUAUAGAAAUAAAUUUUAAGUCCUUUUGUAACACCGACACACUCAUUUUUUUCUAAAUAUUAAUUAUUCAGUAAUUUAGUUAUUCUUUUGUAAAAU